AUCACAUUGUGCAUGUCGCUUGGAAAUUGUGUAGAGCCAAAGUCCGAGACGUCCUUGAUCAUGGAUGAUACGGAGCUGAUGUUACGUAUAAGUCCGAAGCCUUUCAAACUCCACCAGGCUGAACCUGAUCCUCUCCAGCAACGCCGGGAAAGUGGCAAACUUGCACAGCGCAAGUUUAGGCACAGGCAGGCGGCCAAAGCAUUGGAAUUGAAACAGAAACAUGAAAAUUUGACGGCGAUUGUGGAGCGAAUUGUGCUCGCUCAGCGAGACAAUGACCAGACCUCUUUGAACCACGCCAUUGUCGAGGCUGGCAAAGCAGUAGGCGUGGAAGUGGGGCCCUGUUCACAGUCGACCGUCCCGAAUUGUCCCAAGGAUACUCAUACUUCGCUGGAUCCUAGUUCAAGUUCUGGAACACAUACGUCGCCGACAGUGCUCCUCGACAUAGCGCGGCCUGGCCAAUCAGUUGGUCGCACUCACUCUGGUCGCUUCAGCCCACGGUUGGAUUACGGCCUAUGGCUUGAUCCCGACCGGUUUCUCAAGAUAUUCGAGCCUCCGACUGACAUUCGUCCGUAUAUCGGGCCCGGAAUGUACACGGUCGCAGGUCACAUCGCAUGGGCCUGCCUGGAUUAUGGCCAUGCGUGUCUGCGAGAAGCAAUAAUGAUGAUUGAAAUGAACGAUGGCACGCACAGAGGUGAUCUGGGGAGUUCAUUACCCCCAGGGUCUACCGCUCGUCGAGCAUUUGACCUAUCGCUAGGCCACUCAAAGCCCCUUCACGACAUUGCUUAUAUGAUGGCCCUUGUCGAAGCACGAAUGGAGUUCCGUAGAUUGGGCUACAUGCGGUCAGAUUCUUCAGGCGCCGACGAAUCCACGCGGCAGAUCAUGGAAGAACGUGUUUCGGGCGACUUGCAUAGAAAAGGCUUGAAGAUGGACCAGUGGUGGUCUGCUCUAGAGAUCGAGGCUCAUGUUCAGCAAAGGCUAGGCAUUUUGGAAUUUUCAGCAUUUCAGACAGCGCUGUGCAACCAAGAGGCCACUGAGACACAGUUGAUGAUGCCUUUGGCAAAAACCCUGUCACAUCGUGGAGUUUGCUUUGGGAACGGACCUCGAUGGAAUGCAGUUCACGUCAUGGCGCUUGUUGGUGAGUGGGCACACCAAAUUACAACAGUAGUAGAAUGGUAA